UUUUUCUAUAGAUGAUCCCGAUUUUACUAAGAUUAUAUCGUCCACGAAUGAACUGAACGAGAUUAUAAGCGGUGGCUUUGCACCAGACUAUAUCAGCGCUCUGAAAUACUUCCCGCGGACCACCUCACAGAAACGCUUUAUGGAACUGUGUGACGAGUUUAUAAAGAGAGGGCGGGAAGAAUAUCAGCAUCACAAAGACACGUUCACACGCAAUGACAUUCGAGAUCUGUGUGAUGACCUAAUUCUUGCGCAUCAGGAUAUGCCGGAAGAAGAACGUGAUAUCCUUACUGAAACCCAUAUUGUGCAGACAUUAAUGGACAUAUUUGGAGCUGGGACGGAUACAACAUCAAUGACAUUACUGUGGACCAUAAAGUUCAUGAUGGCGUACCCAGAGAUUCAGAAAAAGGGACAAGAGGAAAUUGACCAUGUUAUUGGUCAAGAUCGUCUAGUUAACUUUCACGACAAACAAAAUCUGCCAUACUGCGACGCCAUCCUGCAUGAGGUCAUGCGACAUCGACUACCUGCCCCCAUUGCCCUACCUCACUGCGCGACCAUAGACACGACAGUUGGUGGUUAUGACGUCCCAAAAGACACGAUGGUGAUGUUCAACCUCUACGGACUCCAUCACGAUCCAGCAUACUGGACUGAUCCUGAGAAGUUUGAUCCAACACGGUUUCUUGACGAGCAUGGCUCCAUCAGGCUCAAGAUGCCUAGCUUCCUCCCGUUCUCUGCCGGGAGACGUGUUUGCGUUGGAGAGUCCAUUGCUAAAAUAGACCUGUUUGUGCUCUUCGCAUGUUUCCUACAGCGAUACAGCUGGAAUGAGCCACCAGGGGAAGUUACUGACUUGGAGCCGAAGAUUUCUGCAAUCGGAAUGGACACCAAACCAUUUAGGGUUGUUAUAAAGAACAGGCUUUAAAUGUGCAUGUCGCAAUCUAUGUGCAAGAAACACUAUUUCGUUAAUAAACAAUAACUCUUCUGUUAAACAAGCUACUUCAGGGAUGGCAAAACUCAUGUAUGACAUGAGUAUAGAGUUAUCGUGAUGACAAGUCAUUUUCAUUUUUAUAAAUUGGAUUAAGUUCAACUGUGAGGUUACUGUAUAUACGCCAUAUUUUUCGCGUACAGAUAUUUUUGUGAAUUUAGACGACGGAUAAUUUCGCGAGUGGUUAAUUUCGCGGUCGGUGAAUUAUGAAUUAUUCGGUAUUAUUCGUCAUUAUUCGGUAUGAAUUAUUCGCGUGUUGUUAUUUUCGCAGUCGGGGACGCGUUCGCGAAAUUCGCGAGAAUUAAACCACCGCGAAAUAUACAGCGUAUACAGUAUACGACAUAUAUUGCGGUGUCAUGGAUAUUAUUCCAUUAAAUCUUAAAAUUUCUUAAAAAUUCUUAAAAUUGGUGAGGUGUGCUUAUAAUUAUUAGUGUUUUUUGGCGUUAUGGUUAAUUAACAAAGUUUACUGUUCUGAGAUUAAUCUGGGUUAGGCUAACCGUUGUUUCAUUUGUUUCAUUUCAUUGCGUCAUGGUUUUUUUCGGAUUGUUAUCGAAUAUUGAGGUCAAACAAUAUAAUGAUAGUAUGUCUAAUAUUAGUGAAGUGGGAAAAGCUAGAGCAGUGAACAAUAAUAAAUAAUUAAUUAUCAAUAGUAGUGCAUAUUGACCAUAAGAAAUA